GACGUGAUUUAUUCCUCACAUGUGACACUGUGAUUUAUUCACCUCAACUACUAUAGAUCUUCUGCGUAACUUCCACUCGAUUUGAACUCGUUUUACUACUCUUCUGUUUUAUUACCAUGUAACUCUUUUGUGUUACUAUGUACGUAACAAGAACAAGUGCGCACGCGAUAAUGUAAUAAUUAUCAGUGAUCCUAUGGAAAACUCGUAUUUCGUGUGAAUUUGACUUUGAAAACAUUUCGACAGAGUCUGAAUUUUAAAUUGUCAAUCUACCCUGCAGCUUUAAUAGAACUCGAAUAGAAUCUACGGUAUGUACACACUCUGGCGUAGAGGCAUACAUGAGGAUAAGGAUAGAUAGUUUUCGAUUCGUUUUGUCUUCUCAUUUCCGCGUUGUUUCACUUUUGAAAGAAAGCCGUGGUACAAACGGAAGUACGGUCUUACUCGAACAGGGCAAUUUUCCUUGUCAGCGGGACCGUGCCGAAUCUCCUCGCGUUUUUCAUCCGGAUUCGUUGAUUUGCUGGCCCUUCGUUCACUGGCUCCGUGGUCCAUUCCGAAUUCCGCCGUGUGUCCCAGUUGCAAGGUAAUAAAAAUGGGCGACGACGGGGUUAUAUACAUGGCCACACACGGAUGCUAUGCGUGCCCGCGACGCGAGGGGCUAAAUCCUUGCAACUUCCACACAGACCAACCUGGUCUACGCGUCCUCUGCCCAUAGAACCACAUACACGUGAUAUCUGCACGUGCGCAAGCGCAACUUCGCACCGACACGAUACGCUGUGUAACACACACACACACACACACAUACACGCAUAUACGUGGAAGAUGAUGCAUUUGCACACAGGAUCACAAGUGCCGAUGUGUGUACGUGUGUAUGCACUCGCGUCGCGUGUGGGUACACGCGCAUGCACGUUAAUACACACACAGUUACACGUGGUCUCGCGAUAUCAUCCCAUGUGGGUAAGUGUGUCAAGGACGUGCGAACUGGCCUGCAAAACGCCAAUUCGCGUUUCGUGGAUGAAACGAUCUAUCUCUCUCUCUCUCUCUCUCUCUCUCUCUCUACAUCUUCUUCUAGCCGUCACCUUUCCUCGUUUUCUCUCUCUCUCUCCUCUCUGGCUACAGGGAGCGUAAGGAUUCUUUGCGAAAUCAUCAUCCUUGCCUCGCGUAAGGGCGAAGGCGCGAGAAGAGACGCAUCUCGGAGGAAUGGAAGACGGCCGCGUUUUCGAUCGCGCGAUCUCGCGAAACGAGAACGAAAAGGAAUACCGAAGGUCCUGAUCGAAGGACGUCGAAAAUAUAACGCCACCCACCCCGUGGGCAGUGAUAUAAGAUCCUUCGUGCGACCUUACGCGUCGACGCCGAGAGAGGAUCCCCGCGAAUGUAAUAUCGACAACUUUACGAACUCGUUCUCUCGGGGACGAAAAUUUCAUGUGUCCGCCAUAUGUCCUUGUCGUGGAGUUGGCGUCGCCCUAAAUGAAUUCGACAGCUUUUUCACCGGCGUGACAAAAAUAUGGUUAACACGGUGGCGUUAUUUCUUUUCUUCUCUCUUACCUACGUUUACGGUUGUCUCUCUGUAUUUAUGUACGUACAUACGCGUACGUAUGUAUGCACAUGGAUAUAUAGACGUGUAUAUGCGUGUAACACAGCACAAUGAGUUAGAUUUUACUUUUAGUUUCGAAAAUGGGAUUGCAGAGUGGGGCGGUCCUUGGCACACUUCACACACCGAGGCACGUUGCUCGCUGAAUAAGAGAGAGAGAGAGGAAAAAGAAAGACAGAGAGAAAGAGUAGACCAGAGAGAGAGAGAGAGAGAGAUCAUCAGGCUCAUAUUCUUUGCGACGAAUAUUACGAGUUACAGAUACCAUACCUGCAUAGCUAAUAUUAUACGAGAUAGUAAUCGUACGCUAGAAGACGAUGUGUAUGUACUUACAUAUGCAGAUACCUUUCUUUCUUCUGUUUUUUUCUCCUCGACAGGUUGACUUAUUAACGUGUCACUCUUCCGAGCAAUACUACGUUCGAUCUGUGAAAGGAAAAUUACUUUCAUCGCUAAAUAAUGGAACAGUCUUAUGAAAAUAUUUUCUCUAUAUACGCAUGUUACAUCUCCUUCAAAAGAGGGAAAUAUCAGUUUCUUUAAAAAUAUGAAAAACCCUAUAACUUGCGAUACAGUGUUUUUUAUUAAUUAAAAUAGUUUUUCAGAAACUGUUGAAAACAAUUAUCAGGUUACAUUAAUACAAGUAAAAUCUGAUUACAAACACAAAAUCAAAUAUCCUUCAACGAAUAUCGUAUCGCGAUGUGAAAUUAUUAUUUCUCUACCAAUAUAUAUUUGACGUGAUUUCUGUGUUUGUGUCGGAAGGGGAAAAGUGUAUCGUGCCAGCUGGUAAACAGAAUUCUGGAACCACGCGUCUAUUCCCGGAUAAAUUACUUCCGUAGCCGAGAACGCUACAAUUCCGCGUGCGUUCGCAGGCUACCUAUUCGCCUACUCGGCGUACGUAGGACAUUUAAAGGAUCAGCGUGAUGCUAAUUGACCCAGAAAUAGCAUAACGCCGAUAAUGGCCGCAUAAUUUCAGCUUAUACGGGUAAAGGACUCGCACUUUUUCAGCCUUGUCGUAGCAUUGUCGUUGCUGCGUUUGCCCGCCCAUCUAUAUCAAAUAACUUUAUAUUACAAAUCGACUAAGCUACGACAACCAACUAUAGUUCAUAACAUAUGUAUGUAUAUAAUUCUCUCACUCACACACAUAUAUAUAUAUAUAUAUGGUUUACCUAACAACACGUUCAAUGACAAUUUCAUCAAACAUCAAACUGUACAAGUAAUUUUCGUAAUAAUCCCCUGAUUGAAAUUAUGAAGGCAGUUUUGUAGCGAUUCGAAUCUAACGAAAUCAGGCUUACAGCGUGGUGUCGAAAUCAAAUAGAACCCCUUGUAUAAUGAUUUAUAAUUCCCGAACGUAUCGGUGCACGCCAUUUACAUUUCCAGAGUUUCUGGGUCACAGCUUUCACUUUCUUUCGUUGGUUCUUCCGCCCUUUCGACUGUUCGAAGCGCUGCCGCGCCGGGCCCUUUUCCCUUUCGUUCGAUUCUUUUUCCCUUCUUUUUUUUUCCGUUUCAGUCGUUCGCUCAUUCUCUCUCUCUCUCUCUCUUUGUUUCUCGUUUGCUUCGUUCUUUUUCUUUUUUCUUCUUUUCCCUCCCAUUUGGUUUCUACCGUCACACAGCGAUGAUCGUGAUUUAACGUGACAUGCAAUGGAACACAGAGAGGCACGACCUCUUUAUUCUUUCUCAAUGUGCCGGUGGAAAUAAAAUCGCAUGUGUUGCGCGAUGGUCGUGCCCGCGCCACCACGACAAUGAUAUCGCGCGCAGGUACAUACAUU